GUAAAACGGAUGGCUGCGUGUCUUCACCAUUGAGGAUAAUUUCUGUGGAGACAUUUGAAAAUAAAUCUCAACAUUAUUUCUCAAAGAGUGUAAGUGUUGAUGUAGUAUAGGUUUUAAAGUAAUAUUGGAAUCAUUUUGUGCACAAUUGUAUGUGAAUUUGGGUUUAAGUGUGUUUUUCUUGUUUGAUAAAGAGGGAGAAAAACGUGCUCCAUAGGCCCUCUGUGUGUAUUUCAGAGUGGGUGUGACGCAGCAGAACACAGAACAACCAUGGUGUCCACAAGAGCCUCCAAUAGGAGGAAGAGAUGUACUCACCAGAGCAGUUUCCAAAGACACCAGCGCAUUCACACUGGAGAAAAACCGUAUCAGUGCUCACAGUGUGGAACGAGUUUCAAGCAGAAAGCUUAUCUCCAAAGACACCAGCGCAUUCAUACAGGAGAGAAACCGUAUCAGUGCUCACACUGUGGAAAGAGUUUUAACAGAGAGGGUGUACUCCGACGACACCAGCGUAUUCACACUGGAGAAAAGCCGCAUCAGUGCUCACACUGUGGAAAGAGUUUUAAUCAAGAGAGUAAUCUCCAAAUUCACCAGCGUGUUCACACAGGAGAGAAACCAUUUAUCUGUGUACAGUGUGGGGUGAAAUUUACUCACGGGUCUAAUCUCAAAACACACCAGCGCAUUCAUACAGGAGAAAAGCCGUAUCAGUGCUCACACUGUGGAAAGAGUUUUAAUCAAGAUUAUAUUCUCCAACAACACCAGCGCGUUCAUACAGGAGAGAAACCAUUUAUCUGUGUGCAGUGUGGGGCGAAAUUUUCUCAGAAGUCUACUCUCAAAACACACCAACGUAUUCACACAGGAGAAAAACCGUAUCAGUGCUCACACUGUGGAAAGGGUUUUGCUCACUCGAGUAAUCUCCGACGACACCAGCUCGUUCACACAGGAGAAAAGCCAUAUUACUGCUCACACUGUGGAGAGAUUUUUAAUCGAGAGAGUACUCUCCGACAACACCAGCGCGUUCAUACAGGAGAAAAACCGUAUCAGUGCUCACACUGUGGAAAGAGUUUUGCUGACUCUAGUAAUCUCCGACAACACCAACGUAUUCACACAGGAGAAAAACCGUAUUAUUGCUCACACUGUGGAGAGAGUUUUAAUCAAGAGCGUAAUCUCCGACGACACCAACGUAUUCACACAGGAGAAAAGCCAUAUCAGUGUUCACACUGUGGAGAGAGUUUUAAUCGAGAGAGUAAUCUCCGACGACACCAACGAAUUCACACAGGAGAAAAGCCAUAUCAGUGUUCACACUGUGGAGAGAGUUUUAAUCGAGAGAGUAAUCUCCGACGACACCAACGAAUUCACACAGGAGAAAAGCCAUAUCAGUGUUCACACUGUGGAGAGAGUUUUAAUCGAGAGAGUAAUCUCCGACGACACCAACGAAUUCAUACGGUUGAGAAACCAUUUAUCUGUGUACAGUGUGGGGCAAAAUAUACUACCAAGCGCUCUCUCAAAAGACACAAACACAUCCAUGCAGGAGAAAAGCCGUAACACUGCUCCAUGAAGACAUGCUGUGUUAAGGUUGGACUGGAAGGUCUCGAGAGUCCUACACAAAGCCUUGACCUCAAGCCCACUGAACACCUUUGGGAUGAACUGGAAUGCCUAAUGCAUGCCAGGCCUCCUCACCCAACAACCAACCUCUCUACUGCUCUUGUGGCUGAAUGGGUGCAAAUCCCCACGGUCACUCUCCAAAAUCUAGCGGGAAGCCUUUCUAGAAGGGGCUAUAUAUAACAGCAGGGGACACACUCCACAGUUCAGAUAUUAAACAAUGUUUUGUGCCAUAUCUGUGAUUUUGUUCAUUUGCAACAAAGUAAAAAAAAAAUGCAGGUGAACAUCCAAGAGUCGUGAUUCCAUAA